CCACAGCAGAGAAGCAAGUAUCUCUCUCUCUCUUUCUUAAACGCGAGUACGAAAGAUGACGUCACUGAACAGCUCAUCGUCACCAACUUCAUCGUCAUCGGACCAAUCUGAUGCAACUACAGCUACUACUGCAACAAGCACCCACUUGUCUGAAGGAACUCCACCCAGAGAAAACACAAGAAAGAGACAAAGGGACUGUUCUUCUUCUUCUCCUAAGCAUCCUGUUUACAGAGGUGUGCGGAUGAGAAGUUGGGGCAAAUGGGUCUCUGAGAUCCGACAACCUCGCAAGAAGACUCGUAUCUGGCUCGGCACUUUCGCCACCGCUGACAUGGCGGCUCGUGCUCAUGACGUCGCUGCUCUCACCAUCAAAGGCUCCUCCGCCGUCAUUAAUUUCCCUGAGCUCGCUUCUCUCUUCCCUCGUCCGGUCUCAUCUUCCCCGCAGGAUAUCCAGGCAGCCGCCGCAGAAGCAGCCGCAAUGGUGGUCGAAGAAGGAAAAACGUCAGAGACAGAGACAGAGACAGAGACAGAGACGUCAUCGGAAACACAGCCGCCGUCGGAAUCGUCAGAGGAGGAGAGGCUGGAGGAGAUCGUGGAGUUGCCUAACAUUGAAGAAGAGGGGAGGUACGACGAAAGCGUGACGUCACGUGCUGAUAUGGCUUAUUCAGAGCCGUUGGAUUGUUGGGUGUAUCCUCCGGUAUUGGAUUUUUACGAAGAAAUCUCAUCAGAGUUUAAUUUCGUGGAGUUAUGGAGCUUUCCUCCUCAUACGGAACUGAUUAAUUAAUCACUAAUUACGUUAGUUAAUCAUAUUGUUGUCACAUAUAAUAAUAAUGUAAUACCAUUUGUUUUCGUACGGGAUAGGUCGAUUCGUAUUGGCGUAAGUUGUAAUAUAGGCUAGUACACAUACAAUUAUUGUAAAAUAUACUCAUGUUUAUGUACAUAUGUAAUAUAUACAAUUAUCGUAAGUUUGGAUAUGGAAACUAUUCCUUACGCAAUGUUCUUGUACUUGUUUUGAAUUAAUUAACAAAGCCAAAAUGUUUUAUUUUA